CUGGUAAAGCAUAGGGAAGCAUUGUAAAGCACAGAGAGGUCUGGUAAAGCAUAGGGAAGCAUUGUAAAGCACAGAGAGGUCUGGUAAAGCAUAGGGAAGCACUGUAAAGCACAGAGAGGUCUGGUAAAGCAUAGGGAAGCAUUGUAAAGCACAGAGAGGUCUGGUAAAGCAUAGGGAAGCAUUGUAAACCACAGAGAGGUCUGGUAAAGCAUAGGGGAGCAUUGUAAAGCACAGAUAGGUCUGGUAAAGCAUAGGGAAGCAUUGUAAACCACAGAGAGGUCUGGGUAAACUCUGAGAUACAUUGUAGUUCUGUAGACCAGCUCUGGUGGUUGUACACAGUGUUUGAGGAUUGCUAACUACAGCAGCUAGACUAGAGCACAGUGUUGAUAACUCGUUUUGGCACAGCGGCUGCAGUUCUGACACAUAGCCACUAGAGGAGGCAGUGAUACUGGAUAGAAGUAUAUUAAUAAAACAUAAAGGAUGUCUACUUUUGUUCUCUUUGACUCAGUGGUUAGGGCGCUGGGCUGCAGUGUGGAAGGCAGCGGGUUUGAGGAGCUCAGUGGUUAGAGCGCUGGGCUGCAGUGUGGAAGGCAGCGGGUUUGAGGAGCUCAGUGGUUAGAGCGCUGGACUGCAGUGUGGAAGGCAGUGGGUUUGAGUAUCUCAGUGGUUAAAGGUUUUGAUCCCAGAUCUAAGGAAUGAACCAAUUCUUUUUUUAGACUGAAGUUCUGAGAGUACAUAGCCCCAGAAAGGUCAACUGAAAACCGCUGAGCGGACAGAAGCCCUGGGUGGGGGUGCGAUUUCUGCUUGAAUACACAUUAAAUCAUUAAAUAUCUUGCCAUUUUUAGAACUAAACAUUUUAAUAUAUAUAUAUAUAAUGUUUAUUUCUAAAAAUGGCACCCCGUGUUUUUCACAACACCCGGCUCACCGGCUCAAGCCUGCAUCCUGACAGCUGGGUCGCCGGUAAUGACCCGAGUUCUAAUCUUUUGUCAAUAUUAGCAUCGUUAGACAAAGGUAACGCGGCGUGACCAGUUUAUCUUAAUUCAUAUUUCUUUGAAAAAAAAAAAACAGAGCGCCGGCAGUGUUUAUUUAAUUAGAUACAUUUUAGGUCAAUAUGUCUUCGCUGUAGCACAAUAUUAUAGAGUGAUUUAAUUAUAAUAUACCGUGUAAACAACACGUUUGUCGUUGGAGUGUAAUGAAUUAAUACGCAGCUCUGUAAUUGAAUCUGUAAUCUAGUCACCGGCUGGCUGUGUUAUUACAGUUAUAUCCCUGUUUUGUUUUUGUUUUUUUAAAUGAAUUAAAUACAAUAUAAAUUCAAAUAAUAAUGAUAUUGAUACGCAGUAAUUGCGUUAGAUCGCCCGUUCGUCUCCAGUCUCCGAGUUAACCCGAUCGAACACGAGUCUCUUCGGUUUACCUCUCCCAUUGGCUGCCUGGGCCGGCCAAUCAGCGGCGAGCAGGGGGGGCAUGGACUGCCUGGCAAGUCCACGUGCUUUUCUGCGUGUUUUUUUCACAGAGUCGCACCCUGCGGGGGUCGCUCUGACCAAUCAGAGGCGGCGCUUGCACGUUUUUUUUUGUUUUGUUUUGAAUCGUUAUGUAAUCUGGAGCGGUCAGCGGGGCUGGGACUCUCGGGAUCGAAACACAGCCGAUCCGGGCUUGAGUCGAAACCUGUUGAAUGAACAAACGAAACGCGAUGAAUAAUUAGAGUACCGAUGAAGGACGACCAGGCUGCGAGACGAACAGCAACGAAGAUUUUUAAAAACCCGGACAGAAGGACCAAAUCUGCUCCACUCCUCGCGGGAGAGAGAGAGAGAGAGAGAGAGAGAGAAAUCCAGCCGCCACCACAAAACCAGAAAGGAAAACAGACAGACUUGUGAUUUUCCGAUGGCUGGUUUCUGAGUAACAAGCCCGUCCCCCACCCCAGGAGCAGCACAAGACUUAACGAAAAGACUCUUUACAAACUGCAGCUGGCGCUGCGACACGAGGGCUUGAUUAUAAGAAAGCUUCAGUUAAAACAAACCUUAUUAAAUCCACCAGAGUUUGCACUUAAUAAUUUAUUGAUAAUAAUUAAUUAAUUUACAUCUUCUAUAUUUCUAACUUUCAUACGCUGAAGAUUUUGAGAACCUUUAUAAUUUAUAAUCCUCUUUCCUCCUCACCCACCCCUGGUUCUGUGUAUUCAAUAGACCUUAACUUCAUCAGAAUGCACAGUCCCAUUGAGGAGUGCUCCACUUAGUGGCCGUUCCUGUGCAUUGCAAGCCGCCUUAAUUAUGAGCGACGACAAUUCCGAUUCCGCGGGCAGCCGCGGCGACGACGCGUCGGCGGUGGGCGGGGCCGGCGUUCUGGACAUCGCAGGGGCCGCGCAGGGCCCGGAGGGAGGGGCCCGGGGGUCCGGGGCCUCCUCGGACGAGAUGGACGCACACAGCAGCGGGAACGAGACCGCGGGACACGAGAGCAACAGCAGCUCCAGCUGCCACGACAAGGACUCGGGCGUCCUGCUGGAAACCACGGAGAGCAACAAGAGUUCAAACUCGCAGAGCCCGUCUCCUCCCAGCAGCUCCAUCGCAUACAGCCUGCUGAGCGGCAGCUCUGAGCAAGACAACCCCUCCACCAGCGGCUGCAGCUCUGACCAGUCCGCCCGGGUGAAGACUCAGGAGGAGCUGAUGAAGGCUCUGAAGGAGCUGAGACUCGGAGUGCCGUCCGAGCGGCACAGCAAGGGCAAGACCAGCACCCUGGCAGCCCUGCAGUACGCACUGAGCUGUGUGAAGCAAGUGAGAGGUAACCAGCAGUACUUCCACCAGUGGGCUCAGUACGAGAGGCAGCCCUGCAGCCUGGAGCCGUCAGCAUUCACCAUCGAGGAGCUGGAGACCAUCACCUCCGCGUGCAGCCUGAAGAACACGGACACGUUCUCGGUCGUGGUUUCCUACCUGACUGGUCAGAUUGUCUACACCUCACACCAAGCCUCCUAUGUGCUCCGCUGUAAGCCCGAGGCCCUGAAGGGGGCCAGAUUCUCCGAGCUCCUGGCCCCCCAGGAUGUGAGCGUGUUCUACAGCUCCACCGCGCCCUGCCGUCUGCCUUCCUGGAGCGCCUGCAUGGGAGCAGCUGUCGCCCCUCUGGACUGCGCCCAGGAGAAGUCCAUGUUCUGCCGAAUCAGCAGUGGCAGGGAGAAGGGUGGGGAGGUGCGUUACUGCCCCUUCCGACUGGCCCCCUACCUGCUCACCCUCCGAGACCCGGAGACCCUUGAACCCCAGCCGUGCUGCCUCCUCCUCGCUGAGAAAAUCCACUCUGGAUACGAGGCUCCCAGAAUACCUCCAGACAAACGCAUUUUCACCACCAGUCACACGCCCAGCUGCCUCUUUCAAGAUGUUGACGAACGGGCUGUCCCUCUUUUGGGGUACCUGCCCCAGGACCUCGUGGGGACCCCGGUUCUGCCCUACCUUCACCCCGAAGACAGACCGCUCAUGAUCGCCAUUCACAAAAAAAUUCUGAAGCUCGCGGGCCAGCCCUUUGACCACUCCCCGAUCCGGUUCUGUGCUCGGAACGGCGAGUACGUCACCAUCGACACCAGCUGGUCCAGCUUCAUCAACCCCUGGAGCCGCAAGGUGGCCUUCAUCAUCGGCAGACACAAAGUCAGGACGAGCCCCCUGAACGAGGAUGUCUUCUCUCUCCCUCGUGUGGUUCAUGUCAAGUCUAUGGAGCCCGAGAUUCACCAGCUGAGUGGACAGAUCCAUCGGCUCCUGGUGCAGCCCGUUGUCUCCAGUGGUUCUCAGGGGUACUGCAGUGUUGAGAGUAGCGGUUCCCAUGAGCAGCUCCUCAGCAUCGCCUCGUCCAGCGACAGCAACGGAGCCGCGGCCGAGGAGGCCAGGCUGCACAAACCAAUGACAUUCCAGCAGAUCUGUAAGGAUGUUCACAUGGUGAAGAAUCAGGGCCAGCAGCUCUUCAUAGAGUCCAGAGCAAGAGUACAGCCCUGGAGACACCAGCCAGUGGAGACCCCCAAGCAGCCCGGGGAGACCCCCAAAGAGACGGCCUGCGUACCCCGAAUCUCAGCUCUCGAGGAGGCUGUGAGGAAAGAGCCUCCCUCCACCUACUCCUAUCAGCAAAUCAACUGCCUGGACAGCAUCAUCCGGUAUCUGCAAAGCUGUAACACCCCCAGUACAGUGAAGAGGAAGUGUGGCUCCUCCUCCGGCACGACGUCAUCGAAUUCCGACGAUGACAAGCGGAUGAAUCGAGCUGGCUCGAGAGGCCAGGCUGCUCCUGCCUCUGCUGCCGCCCCUCCGGCCUCGGGGCAGGGGGGGGCUCCGGGCUCGUCCCACCCCCUCGCCCCCCUCGCCCUGCCAAGCAAGGCUGCCAGCGUGGUCUCCGUCACGAGCCAGUGUAGCUUCAGCAGCACCAUCGUGCACGUGGGGGACAAGAAACCACCGGAGUCAGAGAUCGUGAUGAUGGAGGAGCCUGCCACGCCUUCCCAGGCCCCUCCCCCUGCCACGCCCAGCGCGACCCCUGACCCCAAGGACCCCUACCGCCGGGUGGGGCUGACCAAGGAGGUCCUGUCUGUGCACACGCAGAAUGAGGAGGAGGUCUUCCUGAACAGAUUCAAGGACCUGAGCGAGCUGAGAGUGUUCGACCCCGCGGGGCAGGAGCAGAGGGGCAGUACCCCCACCGGGGGCAACAGAGGAGCCGGGCGCAGUUCCCGAAACUACCCAACAGGGGGCAGCAGCAGCCGAAGAGGCAAAUCCAAAGUCAAACGCCUCAAACCCCACCAGCACUCCCCCAGCAUCGCCCCCCUCCAGCACGCCCCCCUCCUCUCCCCCCGAAACAUGCCCCAGCCCCCCUCCCCCUUGCUCCUUGACUCCUGGCCCCUCUCCGCUCCCUCUCAGUCCAGCCUCCCUCGGCUUCCCUUCCCUGGGGUUCUCCCAGCCUACCCCCUGUACCCCCCCCGGGUCCCCGAUUCACACCAGGUUGGUCUCCGCUACCCCGUCACGCCGGCCCCCCUCGUCGCCCCCGUGAUGGCUUUCGUGCUCCCCAAUUACAUGUUCCCUCAACUGAGCGCCCCUCUGCCCCAGCCCAUCUACCCAAACCCUCCUCAGAUGUACCCCUGUGCCCCGGCAGCAGCAGCUGCAGCCCCCGCCCUCGCCCCCCUCCGAGCCCCCUCUCGGGAGACCCCCAAACCCCUGUCCCGCUCCAGCACCCCCCAGUCCGGCAGCUGCCCCCCGCACGAGCGGGAAGGGGCCCGGUCGCCCCUCUUUGAGUCCCAGUGCAGCUCCCCUCUGCAGCUCAAUCUGCUGCAGUUGGAAGACGGCGCCCCCAACAGGCAGGAAGUGGCGACGCAGGCAGCAGCGACGGCUCGGGAGUGGGCGGGGCCUCAGGCCGGAGGCGGGGCCAGGAAGCAGGCGGUCGCAGGAAGUGAGGUCGUCCGGGAGCAAAACAAACACGCCCGUGCUCUCAGCUCCCCUGACCAGGACGCCAUGUCGAGCUCCACUGACCUGCUGGACCUGCUCCUGCAGGAGGACUCCCGAUCGGGCACUGGCUCGGCCGCCUCGGGGUCCUCGGGCUCCGGGUCCAACGGCUGCAGCGCCUCCGCCAGCGGGACCAGAAGCAGUCGGAGCAGCCACACCAGCAAAUACUUUGGCAGCAUCGACUCCUCGGAGAACGGGCUGGGCGGGCAGCAGCGCAGCGGGGGCCGGAGCGGGGCGGGCAGCCUGGCUCCAGAGAGCGAGCAGUUCCUGAAGUGUGUGCUGCAGGACCCCCUCUGGCUGCUCAUGGCCAACGCUGACGAGAAGGUCAUGAUGACUUACCAGAUACCUGCCAGAGACAUGCAGACGGUGCUCAGGGAGGACAGGGAGAGGCUGAAGGCCAUGCAGAGGCAGCAGCCUCGGUUCAGCGAGGCGCAGAAGAGGGAGCUGAGCGAGGUGCACCCCUGGAUCAGGAGCGGGAGGCUGCCCACGAGCCUGAGCGCGGCUGCGUGUGUGGGCUGUGGUCUCGCUACCCCGGUCCCCGCGGCGAUGCCUUUCGACGUGGAAAUCCACGACAUGGAGCUGAGCGGAAUGCUGGACUCCGGGGGGGAGAACGGAGGGAAGGCGACCGUCGUCCCGGAAACGGCCAUGGAGGAGGAAGGGGAGGAGCCAGCGACGCACGGCAACGACCAGGAAAUGCCAUCCGAGGAGCGGGAGACGAGGAAGACCGAGAACGAGGACAAGAGACAAUAAGAGACACAGGGACACAACACAAUCAGAGACAUGAGGACGAGACACAGGGACCACAAGACAAUGAGAGACACGAGGACAAGACAGGAGACACAGGGACACGAGACAAGCAGUGCCUCAUGAGUGAAGAUUAAAAAUGAAAAGGAAUUUGAAAAAUCUCUAGAUAUAUCUAUUUUUUUUUAUUAAAAUCUCCCCAAAAAAUGGACAAUUUUCAAACAGAAGAAGGUAAUGUAGAUACACAAAUGUGAUUGAUCAAAAAUCAAUGAUAUCAGGACGUUUCUUAGUCCGAAACAUCCUGAUUAGAAUUUUUAUCAAUUAUUCACAAUUUUGUGGACCUGCAUUAUCCUUUUUUUUUUAGGAUUUUGCACCUGAUGGUACGCAGCUGUUUUCCAUUUUAAAAUGAUAUAUAUGUUUGUGUAUUUUUGGAAAAAGAAAAAAAAUGUUGUUUAUUUAUCUACUGAACGUCAGUUCCCCAACCAGACUUUUUUUUUUUUUUAAUAAUUUAAAAAAAACAGUUGAUUACUUCCCCAAAAUGUAUUUAUUUUUUACUUGUUUACAUUUUUAAUUAGCGACAAAAAAAAAGGUUUGUAACUUUUUUUUUUUUUUAAAGAUGAAAGAGAAAAAAAAAAUUGAAUAAUAAUAAUAAUAAUAAUAAUAAUCAGCCAUUUUGAAAAAACUCCUGGCUGAAAAAUGUAAAAUGGAGUAGGUGUUCCCAUGGAAACAAGGCAGGUGAUGAUAGGGGCCAAAGAGUUUUGAUUGGCUGAGAUCUCCCACGGAGAUGUAGCCAUUAUGAUGUCAUGAGUAGGUGGAGUCCAGAUCAGACACUGGAGAUCAUUGUUUAUUAUUGUUAAUGCAAUUGUUGUUGUUGUUAUAUGUUGUGAAUUGAGGCAAAAGGAGAAUUUCUAUUGGCUGUGCUCACACGGCAACCUGUGACAAAAUUACCAGUUCUUAAUUGUGAUUGGCUGCCCUCUCCUUCGCAGAGGCUUUUCUAAGUGUGAAGCGAGAGUGAGCUGUGCUCACACGGAGACCAAGGACAGUUUACAGAUCCUGAAUUCUGAUUCGCUGUGCUCACACGGCAACCAAGGACAGUUUACAGAUCCUAAAUUCCGAUUGGCUGUUCCCUUCUUCAAAGAGAGAGACAGUGGACUUUGGUUUAAUGGGAUUAACAAAACCAGUACUGAGGAUUUCAAAGCAUAACAGUGGCACCAAACGCAAGUGACAUGAACACAGCCUCUCCCUUGCUCUCUCUUUCUCAUGUGAUGUCGGGGUUCAUUGCACCAUGUUCACAUUUUGUAUUAAAAUAAAAAAUAAAAUAAAAAAUA